AUGGUUCCAACAACUGUGUCGUUUGUCGAUGUGCGCAUGCUCCAUGCAGCCGAGUUAAAAAAGCUUAGAGUGGACAGCCAGACAAGAGAGUGUGAGGAGAUACUCUAGCUACUCGGGUGAAAGCUUGUGAAGUCGUCCUCCUCGCUACAUCAGCUACUGUACCAUAAUGUCCAAACCAAAGUUUCAGACGGAGUGGGAGGAAAUUGACGAGGAAUAUCAACAAUUACAGGAAACUCACAAAAUAUACAGACAGAAACUUGAGGAGCUCACCAAUCUUCAGACAACAUGCAGCAGCGCCAUCAGUAAACAGAGAAAAUGCCUGAAAGACCUCAGGCGCAGCUUGACCAAGUGUUCACAAACAUGUGACAAGAAAGAAUUAGAACUAAUAAAAGACAUCAAAACACAAAUUAAAGAUAAAGAAAAUGUGUUCUUUGAUAUGGAAGCAUAUUUGCCAAAGAAAAACGGGCUGUACCUAAAUUUGGUCCUGGGCAAUGUGAACGUAACGCUUCUUAGCAACCAGGCCAAAUUUGCCUACAAAGAUGAAUAUGAGAAGUUCAAGCUUUACAUGACAAUAAUCCUGAUGUUUGGAGCAAUAACCUGCCUAUUCUUUCUCAACUGUCGAGUCACUGAUGAAAUCUUCAACUUUCUGCUGGUGUGGUACUACUGCACAUUGACCAUAAGGGAAAGCAUCCUCAUGAGCAAUGGCUCCAGGAUCAAAGGUUGGUGGGUGUCUCACCAUUAUGUAUCCACCUUUCUGUCAGGAGUGAUGCUCACCUGGCCAGAGGGGCCCAUGUAUCAGAUGUUCAGAAGCCAGUUCCUCGCUUUCUCCAUCUACCAGAGCUUUGUUCAGUUCCUGCAGUAUUACUACCAGAGUGGCUGCUUAUACAGGCUGCGAGCUUUGGGAGAGAGAAAUCAGCUGGACCUCACAGUGGAGGGAUUUCAGUCCUGGAUGUGGAGAGGCCUCACUUUUCUUUUACCAUUCCUCUUUUUUGGCCAUUUUUGGCAGCUCUACAACUCGGUGACCCUAUUUCGUUUGGGAGGACGUGAGGACUGUAAGGAGUGGCAGGUAUUUAUGCUGGCACUGACAUUUCUCGUCCUAUUCCUGGGAAAUUUUCUCACUACCGUAAAAGUCGUCCAUCAAAAGGUUCAGAAAAAACAGGAAAAGGUGCAAAAAAAUGACUGAGACGAAAACUCAGAUUCAUACAAAUGGCCAGUAAUUUUAAAGCAACACGCACAAUCGCUUGAUAGACUGACCCACGCUACAGGCCGGGAGAAGACAAAGCUGAAACCACUGUUUCUCUCAGGCUUUGAUGGCAGCAGUGUCCAGCCAAAGUAUCUGGCCAACAGGCUUCUGCUUUCAAAUGACUUGUCGUCGAUGUUGCUGCACAGUCGGUCUCAACACAGUGUUGUUCACCUGAUAGAUGGAACAGUUUGUCGCUAUAUUCUGUACAUAAAAAGUGAGAGGGAAGAAUGUGUUUUUAUUUGGGUAUUUGUGUCAGCGCAUGAAUCUGUCGGAGAGCCUUUUGUUCAAAUCAUAUGCAACUAAAAGAGGGCAGGUAGCAUCGAUCAACAGAACAGAAUAUAGUUUGCCUUUAAAGACAUAACGUCUGUCAUGUUCUUGAUACUUCUGUGAAGUAGCGCUGGGCCAACUGUCUCUGGCUUGAACAAAAUUGGACGUGUUCAACUUGGCACUGCGCUUCAUUUCUUGAAUUAUCUAACUUUUUAUGUGUAGUUCUUAACUCCUCCUGUUGUGCUAUUUCACUGCUAACCAGUAUUUUUUUUACUAAGACUUGUAGGUCGACAACUUUAACAAAACAUAAACCUGAUACUUGACUGUCCUUUUUCUGAGUCAGUUGUGGCUCUGUUUUUUUGCUGUUUUCCUAGUUCCUCAAAAAAAAGUAAGGACUACAAGGGAAGGCUACACUGUUUCUCCCUUCAGGCAGUGGUCACAAAAGCCAUAACUUUUUUUUUAAUGAUCUAAUGCUUAAACUUGGUUCGGUCACAUGAACACAGACAUAACAAUUUGUACUGUCCUCAAAGGAUUAAAGGGGGGUUUCAUGGGAACUCGGCCCUAACGUUUACACUUUUAUGUUCUCAUUAUCAUGUUUCAAUAAUGAUCUAACUCUUCCUUCAAGCCUAUUAAACAUUGUAUCACAAAGUCAUGCACAGAGAUGUAUCAUUACUGUGCUGAAACAACAUGCUGGUAGUUCCCCCUUGUUAUGUGAUGUUGCAGAAAUGUGUUAUGACCAAAUGCUGCUAUUAGCGCUGGUACUGUAAGACUAAGGUACAGAAUUAUGAUUAAAAAUGUGCUGGAUUAUUGUUUUUUUAAUUCCAAUAAACGUACUAAAUAAAAUAUUUGUAUGAAUUAACUUACGGCCAAACCUAGAGCUUUUGCUCUAGUUCACUGUAGUGUCGUGUGGUUCCUGUUUCAUGCUUGUUAAGUAGGGUCUUUUUGUUUUGUUUUUUCAGAAAUGUCUGGUCUGUAAUGCCUGGUUCUCCCUCCAGCCUGUAACAGCAAAAAAAAAAAAAAAAAAGUCUUUUUAUUUAGAAAGAUUUAAGGAUGGUAGUGUUGUUUUUGUCAUUUCCCAGAAAGCAAUCAUGCUGAAGAGAAUCCCAAUAUUUAUGUAUCACUUUUAUUGAGGGAACAUUAAAGCACGUUGAGUUACUGACCAAAGUGUUACAUUUGAUGCGAGAGAGCUGCCAGAAUGCACAC